UCAUUUACUUGAUGCCAACCACUAAUCAUCAUUACGAGUUUAUCACGAUUCUAUGCUGAUAUAUUUUCUUCUCUGUUUCACUUUUUAAUCAACUCUUUCAAAUCUGAAUAUACCACUGAUCUACAAGCCCAAUCCAUCUGCAAAACGGUGCAAUAUUUCCAAGAAUUACGUGAAGAAUCAUGACUCUGCAGCGAUGAGUUCGACUCCAUUUUUUGUCGCGUUUUCGAGAAAGGGAAGGGGACCUGAUCUUGAAAUGAGGACAUGAAAUUCCUAGCUGCUCUGCAUACGCAUGCCCAUUAAUUUUCUUAUUAGCUGCUUUCGAAAGAAACGUAAAUGAUCAAUCCAGCUACUCGUGGUCGUGGGUGCCACGCCACACAUCCAUGUUGAAAAAAACUUAUUCUUUUCUUUUUGAGGUGAAUGGGAAUAUAAAAAUGGCGAUGAUGAUCGAGAGCUCUUGAUGCGGAGAUUACCACUAAUGAAAAGGCGUGUGGAUAGAACAUGCCCUAUUUGUCUCUAUUUGCAUCAAUCUACAUCAAUGGAUUCUGGUGCUGUCACAUUCAAAAAAAAUUUAACAAUUGAAUGUUUGCAUUAGCAUUUCCAUUUCUCUUGUUAAAUUUGGUCUUCCAAAUUAGAUAACUGAAAAAGCUGCUAUGGAAUUGGUUUUGGUUUAUGGUAAAUUACUUGCACUAAUUCCUCAUGAGAUGAAGGUGUAAAGCAAACAUAUCUUCAACCGUGAUUCUCUUUCUCUCUUAUUGCCUCACCCUUUAAAAACCUUGAUCAACUUCCUCAGUUUCUCCACACUCCCAUCUCCGCUCCGGCACCAUGGUUGAUGCCUCCGCCCCGCCACCGGUCCACGACGGCCUUGAGUUCUGGCAAUUCAUGAUCGCGGGCUCCAUAGCCGGCUCAGUCGAGCACAUGGCCAUGUUCCCGGUCGACACUCUCAAAACUAGGAUGCAGGCCAUCACUUCCGCCACCAAAACCUCCUCCUUAACUCUCCGGCAAUCCCUCGGUUCCAUUGUGAAAUUCGAGGGGCUAGGCGGCCUGUACCGUGGCAUCGCAGCAAUGGGGCUAGGCGCGGGCCCUGCUCAUGCUGUCUACUUCUCUGUCUACGAGUCUUGCAAGAAAAUCUUGGCUGCAGGGAACCCUAACAGCCCCAUUGCUCAUGCCGCCUCUGGCGUGUGUGCUACUGUGGCCAGUGAUGCGGUGCUGACGCCCAUGGACGUGGUGAAGCAGCGGCUGCAGCUCAAGGGCAGCCCUUACAAGGGAGUGUGUGACUGUGUGAAGAGGAUUAUGGUGGAGGAAGGUUUUGGGGCGUUUUACGCGAGUUAUAGGACGACUGUGGUGAUGAAUGCGCCUUUUACUGCCGUCCACUUUGCUACCUACGAGGCUGCAAAGAGAGGCCUAAUGGGGGUGAGUGGAGGCGGAGGCGAGGAGGAGGAGGAGGAGGAGAGUCUGGUGGUGCACGCGGCUGCUGGUGGCGUGGCGGGCGCGCUGGCUGCAGCCGUGACCACUCCUCUUGAUGUGGUCAAGACUCAGCUGCAGUGCCAGGGAGUGUGCGGGUGUGAUCGGCUUUCGAGUAGCUCGAUUUUGGAUGUGGUUGGGAUGAUCAAGAAGAAAGAUGGGUAUGGAGGGCUGAUGAGAGGUUGGGUUCCAAGGAUGUUGUUUCAUGCACCUGCUGCUGCCAUCUGCUGGUCUACUUAUGAAGCAGUCAAGAGUUUUUUCCAUUGAUGGAGGAACUAACUGCUUCUGUUGAUUCAAUAUUAUAGAGAUAUGCUGGUCUUGGAAAAACAUGAAAUUGUGCUCAAUUUGGUUGGAGACAAGUGGUCUUCCUAUAAAUUUAGAAGAAUGUAAUAAUUCAUAACCCUUUACUUGCUCCUAUCUAUUGUUAUGUUGUUCAGAUAUUAUUAAGCUGGAGAAAAAGGGUCGAUGAAUACAUAUUUGUAGAUAUUUCUUGAGGUAAAUAAUUUAAUUGUUCAAUUUGCACCA